AUGGCGCCCACGGAUGCUGACCGCAAGAAGAUCUGGGCGCCCCGGGUCCGCACGGGCUGCGAGAUCUGCCGGGCACGCCGCAUCAAGUGUGAUGAGACCCAUCCGGUCUGCAAGCGAUGCGCCAUCGGCAAAAGGCCCUGCCGCUACCCGCUGUUGACGCCGUCGCCGUCGCCCCCCGCGGAUACGACCACGGAGACGACCCUGAGUAGGGCACCAUUCUAUCAAGCUGAGCCCCCCGGUUGGGACGCGGCGCAAGCCAUGCGAUUUUUCGUCGACGUCUCCAUCCCCAUGUACUCCAAGUUCCAGGUCGUGGAAAACGCCUACGACUACCAGUUUGUGCCUGGCUCGCACAUCUCCGUCUUCCCGUACCAGCCCGGCUUCAUCAUGAUGAUGACCUGCCAGCGCAUAAAGCUGGCCUCGCUCAGCCGCAACGUCCCCGUCCGCCGCGGCCAGGGCCUCGGCAUCGAGCACCUGUGGGACAUCUUUUACAAGCAGAUGGGCGAGACGGUCGUGCACCUGAACAAGCACAUCAGCGCGCGGAGCCGGCCGGGCUACAUAAUCUCUAGGAUCAUUGACUUGCUGAGCGUCGAGCUGGCCAUUGUGGGCUCCCCGUGGCGAGCACAUCUGCACGGCUUCUUUGCCAUUGUGAGCUUGUACGGUGGUGUUGGUACAAUGAUAAAGACGUGGCCGCGGGUAAUAUUCGCCCUUCAUUACUGCCUCAUGUAUGCGAUCGUGGGCAACACGUGCAGUCCAGCCGCCGACCAGAUUUCCGGGCUCGACGCGUGGAGCGAGGAGGAGAUCCUCACCGUCUACCAGUUUACGUUUUACUUUGAGUUUGGAUGUCCCAGCCAGCUCGCCCUGGCCAUUAUCCGCAUCACACGGCUCCGCGUUCUCGCCGCCACGGCCAGUCUCGCCGCGCCGGACCCGCUCGGCUCCAUGGCCCAAGAGAUCGCCGAAGACCUACAGGCCUUCGCACCAGAGGAGUGGGCGGAAACGUACCCGGUCCCGGAGGACCCGCUGCGGCCGCUGCUGGCGCGCAUGUUCAAGGUGGCCACGAUCCUGUACGCGGUCCUGUCGCUGCCGCCGGACCUCGCGCACCACUUUGCUGCCGCGGAGGCGGAGGCGGACGAGGGCGACGGCGGCGGGCGACCCCCGCCGGCCAACCCGCGCGUGCACUAUCGGCGCGUGCUGUUUGAGCUGAUUGAGCAGACGCGGGUGCACAUCAAGACGAGCGUGCUGAGCUGGGCGUUUGCGGUGCUCGGCGCGGCGUACGCGGACGGGCCGGAGCAGGGCAAGGAGAGGAUCCUGCAGCACCUCCGGGCGAUGCAGGGCAUGGAGAACGUGGAGUGCGGCGCGACGACGAUGCUGCAGCUGUUUCCGGAUGUCUGGGCGUCGGGGAGGACGAGGUGGGAGGACUGUUACUAUAAGCCGUGUCAGGUGCUGUGCUGA